AAGUAAGUACAGAAGGGACCCGCCAGAGCGAGCUGCGCAGAUCGCUGUCCUGCUCUGUCUCAAUAACAUCGACUGCAGAACUGAGAAUACGAUUAUUUACAGGCUGCAUCGUCAAGAUGCAUGUCAAGGACGAAACAGAGCGGCGUUCGUGAUGAAUGUUCCCCAGACUCAGUGCUCUCGUCGAUCAGCACUAUGAGCUGCUCGUUUCUGUUCAUUUAUCUGACAGAGCGGCGGAGUGCCUGUGCCAGUCCCGGACUGCUGCUGGUUUAAUCCUAAAUUGACACCUCUUUGUAAACAGAAGAUGAACAGCAUACGGUACAAAGCGGCGACUGUCAGGUGGAACUGUUCCGUCGCGCGCUGUGACCACGCGCGCAUGUGCCGCCUGCGCCUGCUGCUGCUGUGCUUGUGCGUGAUGGUGGCGAUGACAUUAACACUGGCAGUGUCACUAUCUAACCACCAAACCAUAGAGUAUGAUUUGUCUCCUAAACCCCCUGACCUAUUCAAAGACAAGCUGAAUCACCAGCCAGGUAAACCCACUGUUGCCCAAGUGAAGUGGCUCAUCUCCCAGGUGAAUUGGGAAAGACUAUGGUAUUCCCAUCUGCGUCCCAUUCUCACUGAACGCCAGCCAGGAAGCCGUGGCAGUCGGUCCGUUCGAAAACACAUCUUUUCUCGUCUGGAUUCUCUUUCGGCGGGCUGGUCUGUAGAGGUGGACUCCUUCAUCUCCGAAACCCCUCGUGGCCCUGUUAGCUUCUCUAAUGUCCUGGCCGUGUUGGACCCAAUGGCUCCUCGCCGACUGCUACUGGCUUGUCACUAUGACUCCAAGUUUAUACCUUCAGAUCCUAGUGAACCAAAGAAGGUGUUUGUGGGCGCCAGUGAUUCGGCCGUGCCUUGUGCUAUGAUGCUGGAACUGGUCACCGCUUUGGAUCCACACCUCAAAAAGCACAAGCAGCUGAUGUCCAGGGUGACCCUGCAGUUAGUGUUCUUCGAUGGAGGAGAAGCUUUCGAGCAGUGGUCUCAGACAGACUCGCUAUAUGGUUCACGCCACCUUGCAGACUCCAUGUCUCACAUUCCUCACCCACCGGGUUCUGAACAAACCACACUGCUGAAUGCUGUGGAUCUCCUCGUUCUUUUGGACCUUAUUGGUGCUCCUGAUCCCAUGUUUGUGAAUCACUUUAAGAACACAGCGCGCUGGUUUGACCGCCUUAUCGCUGCUGAGAAGAGACUUCAUAAUUUGGGGCUCCUGUCUUCCCAUCCCAAAGAGCAGACAUAUUUCAUGAAGAAUGUGAAUAUGGGUCCAGUUGAAGAUGAUCACACUCCUUUCCUUGAGAGAGGAGUUCCAGUGCUGCACAUAAUCGCUACACCAUUCCCUUCUUUCCUGCACACAUUGGAGGACACAGGGGACAAGGUUCACAGUCACACUGUGGAGAAUCUCACCAAAGUCCUUGUGGUCUUCCUGGCUGAGUAUCUACGGCUCUAGGAUGCUAUAAUAUUACAUCCAACCACAUCCAUUGUGGAUCGGUCUAUACCUCAGCUGCACUGCUUUAGGAUAUCUAAUAUCAGUGACUGUUCUCAGAGAUACAUAACGUACUGUAUACUCUCAGGCUGCCAUUCUAUAUCCUGACAUAUGCUUACCGUUGGACAUGUUAGUCAAUCGGUAUCGUGCCUUCAGAUAAUUGUGCUAUUUAGUACUGCACUGUAUAGACAAAAUAAUAUUAUCUGUGCCAAAAAAAGGUUUACAUAUGUUUAGUCGUAUAUAUAAUAACUGUGCAAUAAAAUCAAUAGAAUGCAAAGUAGAUACUUCAAGCUCAGGAAUGGAUGUGAACCUGAUGCUAUGUAAGAGAUUAUUAAACUAUGCACCACAGUCAAGCUCUAUAAUGCUACAACAGUUCUGAUAAACCUCUAUUUAAUCUCGCAAUAAUUUUCUCAAGUAAGCAGUCUGUAAUCUCUAGUAGCUAAAUGUUCAAUCACAUGUUAGUCUAGAUAAUAUGAUUUUUUUUUUUUUUUUUUUACAGAGAAUGAAAUGCACACUUAAAUGGCAAAAAAUUCUUACUUGACUAGACUGGUAAGCAAAUGACUUCAGACUUUUCCAAAUGAGAAACUAUUUAGAUCUACAAAAUUAUUAUUAUUAUUAUUAUUGUCUCAGAAAAGAAGCAACAUUUUUUUUAGAUAAAAAAAUGAAUACUAAUUUCUCAGUGGGCAUUACAGAAAAACAACAUAUCUCUUGUAGUGAAUACAGUAAGUUGCAUAAAAGAUGUCCUUUGUCAUGUGAAACCCGGUAUACUUUCAGAAUAAAGUAUGUAAUUUGUCAUUUAAAAUGUGUAAAUUGUGCUAAACAAACUAAACCACAGCAUGUAAAAAGUGUUUAAAUCAGAACAUGGACUCUAACAAAAGGACGUACUGUAGACUUGAGACUUAAACUUGACCUUGAAAGACUCAAGAAAAAAGACUAGUGAAAAAAGAUUCGAAUAUGUGAACGCGUCUGUUUUAUUCAUUGAUUUUCAGAAUUUUUCAGUUGUAGAUAUGGUAUGGACGGGUCUUAUAUUCGAUGUCUAAAUAAAGAAGGAACAUGAAAUCUC